AGACAUCACUGUUCACUGAGGAGAUGCCAGGCAAACCGCAACCCUGAACAUCAGGAGUCAGCUAUCACAGAGGCUGUUAUCUGGCUGGUAUCAUCUGCAGCCUGGAGAACAGAAAAGAUGGCCUUCAUUGUAGCUAUGGGGAUGAUCUUAAUGGCUGGGAUCUGUCCUGCUGUCCUAUGCUUCCCAGAUGGCACAAAGGAAAUGGAUAUUGCAUUCCAUGAACACCAAGACAAUGGGACACAAGAUGACAGUCUCACAUUGGCCUUCGUCAACACUAACUUUGCCUUCAGCCUGUACAAGAAGUUGGCUUUGAAAAAUCCAGAUAAAAAUAUUGUCUUCUCCCCACUUAGCAUCUCAGCUACCUUGGCCCUCGUGUCCCUGGGAGCAAAGGGCAACACCCUGGAAGAGAUUCUAGAAGGUCUCAAGUUCAAUCUCACAGAGACCUCUGAAGCAGACAUUCACCAGGGCUUUGGGCACCUCCUACAGAGGCUCAGCGAACCAGAGGACCAGGAUCAGAUAAACAUAGGCAAUGCUAUGUUUCUUGAAAAGGACCUGCAGAUCCUGGCAGAAUUCCAUGAGAAGACAAGGUCUCUGUACCAGGCUGAGGCCUUCACAGCAGACUUCCAGCAGCCUACUGAGGCCAAAAAGCUCAUCAAUGACUAUGUGAGCAAUCAGACCCAGGGGAUGAUCAAGGAACUGAUCUCAGAACUGGAUACGGAUACACUGAUGGUGCUGGUGAAUUACAUCUACUUUAAAGGCAAAUGGGAGAUAUCCUUUGACCCUCAGGACACAUUUGAGUCUGAGUUCUACUUGGAUGAGAAGAGAUCUGUGACAGUUCCCAUGAUGAAAAUGAAGUUACUGACCACACGCCACUUCCGUGAUGAGGAGCUGUCCUGCUCUGUGGUGGAACUGAAGUACACAGGAAAGGCCAGCGCCCUGCUCAUCCUCCCUGACCAGGGCAGGAUGCAGCAGGUGGAGGACAGCUUACAACCAGAGACCCUGAGGAAAUGGAGGAAAACUUUGAUUCCCAGCCAAAUAGAGGAGCUAAACCUGCCCAAGUUCUCCAUCUCUAGUAGCUACAGGCUGGAGGAGGAUGUCCUUCCAGAAAUGGGGAUUGAGAAAGUCUUCACCGAACAAGCUGACCUAUCUGGGAUCACAGAAGCCAAGCAACUGAGUGUGUCUCAGGUGGUCCACAAGGCUGUGCUGGAUGUAGCUGAGACAGGCACAGAAGCAGCUGCUGCCACAGGGGUUAUUGGUGGCAUUCGUAAGGCCAUAUUACCAGCAGUGUCUUUCAACAGGCCAUUCCUGUUGGUUAUCUAUCAGACAGGUUCUCAGAGUAUCCUCUUUAUGGCCAAAGUCACUAACCCCAAGUAGACCUAAAGCUCCCCAAGUUCUCAUGAUUCUGCCCAGGGCUCUGGGACAGAGUCUGCAUGUGGAUCUCUAUAUACAUCCUGUCAUUCAAGCUCUGAUUGGCUGUUGCAAAGUUNGCNUAGACAGCUACAUUGACUAUCUCUGUGAUCCNACAUGCACAUAAGACUUUGGACUCUCAGUGUCAGGCUCUCAGGCCUCUUGGGAGCAUCUGUGCAUAUUUCUGAACCUGGAAUCUGCCUUUAUUCUUUUUCCCUGGUGAGUCCUCUUUAUAUAUCUGUACCGCAAACCUAGGCAUUGGCAAAUACACAGAGUUCCAAUACUGACUUUGAGCACAUCUGCUUACACAGUCUUGAUGGGACCAUGCUGGCCUCUGGGCUAACCCUUGAGAAUCAAGCCCAGGAAUGAGAAGGAAACCUGUUGCCCUGAAUGUCAUUCCAGCAUCUGAGAAGGCCUGGUGUCAUGCUUUCCCAAGGUUAUGCUUUCUUUCCCUCUGCAGGCUUUGCCACUCAGUGCCCCAUGUAGGGUCCCCUGAGCCUGCCUAUAUCUGGCACAGUCAGAACCCAAACUCCUACACCUGCAUGGGACUGAGGGUCAGACAAGCUCCUCUUCCCCUGGGACUCCACCUCAGCCUCUCUCUAAGAUCCCAGCUGACCAACCUCACAUAAAAGAUGAAAACCACCAACCAAAAUAGGAGACAGGAGGAAAGGAUCAAUAAACAUUACCUGAACAGAAA